GGGGCAUAUAUUCCUCCUACACUAGUUUUCCCAAGGAAAAAGAAAAAUCCAAGGUACAUGGAAGGAACUCCACCAGGCUCUUCUCAGUUAGUAACUGAUUCUGGAUGGAUAAGUUCCGAAGCUUUCCUGGAGUGGAUGAAGUUUUUUGUAAGCAACGUUAGACCAAAUGAAGACCAUAAAUGUCUAUUAAUCUUAGACAAUCAUGUUUCUCAUAGGUCUAUUGAUGUCCUUGAUUAUGCCUCUCAGAAUAAUGUCAUCAUUUUGUCGGUUCCACCCCACGCGACACACAAGCUCCAGCCGCUAGAUGUGUCCGUUUAUGGCCCUUUCGGAACUUAUUUCCAAAAUAAAUUGACAAGUGGCAAAACGCGCAUCCUGCACAACGCGUUACGUUGUUUGAUGUAGGCAAAAUGUUUAAUAAUGCCUACCUUAAAGCUGCAACACCAACAAACGCUAUAAAAGAACCAGAGGUCCGUAUUAACCAUAAUCCUCAAGAUAUGGAUGUUAUUGAAAU